AUGUCACAGGAAAGGCCUGGCGAUCAGUUUGGCCCGAUUGCUCCGUACUUGCCGGCGCUCAAGUUGGAGCGGUGCGACUCCCAAGGCUCCUUCCUUUUCCUCGCGUGUCUCCAGUCGCGCGCGUCUCCUCGCUCUUGCGAAUUUCUCGGAAACGAUGCUACAACCUUGAAAAAGAAAAUCACGCUGUCUGGUUUCACUGCCCGCCUCGUGCGCUUUUACCCUAAGGAGUGGAAAAACUUGCCUUGUCUCCGAGCCGAGAUAAUUGGAUCUAAAGUUUGUGCCAGUGCUAAUUUGCAAAAAGUCAGCAACUCUGCUAUGAUGCACUCGACUAGUUACAGCUACACUCAAGGUUAUAGAGCUAGGCUGAAUUCCUAUGGCUGGAAUCCUACCCACAUUGAUCCACUUGCCGUUCUGAAGGUUGAUUUUGGGCCUGCCAAAACUAAAAUUACUGCCAUAGCCGUGCAGUCAGGAUUGGGGUACUUUGUGUCUGCCUAUGAAAUUUCUUAUAGCGUGGAUGGCUGUUCAUGGAGACACUGGAUCGAGCACGCCCGUGAAAAGGUUUUCUCUGGAUUCACCAGCUUCAACAGCAUCACCAGAUUUAAGCUGCAAUAUCCCGUGGAUGUCCGGUACUUGAUAUUUCGGCCACGGGCCUUUUACAGGGCAAGGUACACUCGAGUUGAAGUCUACGGAUGCGAAGUUAUCACAGAUUUGUUUCCGGUGGGGAUUGAGCGCUCGGACGAAAUUUCUAGUUCAUCUAUGACCGCGUCCAGCUGGAAACCUGGUUACUACCCUCACGCUGCAAGACUUCACGCGAAUGUUUCUUGGUGCGCGGCUACAAACAAACAAGACGAAUACUUAGAGGUGGAUCUGGGAAAAGAGUUUACCUUGGCAAAAAUAGCCCUCCAGGGUGACUCUGACGAGGGCUCAGGUGUGACUAGCUUCGCCAUUGCUUUCACUAGAAAUGGAGGGCAAUGGACAGACUACAAGAUAGACGGAGCUAGAAAGGUAAGGGUGUAUUUAUGUACUUCUUUGUACGGUACUGUCCAAAUGUAA